CGGGCGUGUGCCAGGCCGUGCUGGGCGUGUGCCGCCCCUCGUGGCGUGCCGGGCCGUGCAGGAGCCCGCCGAGGCCACGCAGGGAAGGCCACAUAACCUUUUGCGGGGCGGGCGGGCACUGCUCCAGGCCAAUGUACUUUAAAGCCUCGAGUGGCGGAGAGGUCACCGGGCGUGCCGCUCAUGGCCCAGCCUGUGGCCAGCGAGGGGGUCUUGAUAAUAGUGCGCAGGGCCCCUGUGCAGGUGCCUAACAUGGGGUCAUGGCAACUAGAGGCAUCCAUGGAGAGUUUUCCCAUGGUGUUAAGUUGAGGGUGGACCCAAAGGAGUCAACGCUGCGCAAGUAUGUAGGCGACAGCCUGAGUCUGACCUGCUCUGUCGACUAUGAGCAGGACGAGGAGACCAAGCCGCAGAUUGACUGGGUUGUCCCCACCAAUAGUGAGGAGAGAGUGCACAUCUUUGAAGAUGCCAACAUGCUGAGAGUCACCAUCAUUGACCUCAAGGAGACAGAUGGCGGCAACUACACCUGCAGCCUCAAGCCCGACUUGAAGGCCCCCAUCAAGACCAGUGUCAGGGUUGUCAUCUUGCCACGUGGUCAGCUGUCUCACUGCUCACCAAACACGUUCAGCUGUGGGAGUGGGUCAUGCAUCGCCAAGCGCUAUGAGUGUGAUGGCGUUGCUGACUGCUUAGAUGGCUCAGAUGAACACCAUAGUAACUGUGGUCUGAACACAUGUGCUGGGAAGCUCACGUGUAAUGAUGGCCGCUGUUUGUCCCACAAAUUGUGUUGCCGAGAGAAGGAGCUCAACCCUCCCAACUGCACCAUAAUGGCCACGAUUCAGUGCUGCCGCCAGCUGGUGCAUCCUGCCCUCUUGGACCCAGACCUGUACUACAUGGACUUCAAGCAGUCCCUCCACCAACACAGGAAUCCACAGCCGGACUCCACUUUGGUCAUGGGUUGCAUUGUGGCUGUCGCUAACCUGGUGACAGUGGCCAUCAUUGUGGGGGUGCGCUACCACCUCUGGCGCUCAAAUGGCAUCUCCUCGCGGCCGCACUACCGCCUCAGCAGACUGCGCUCUGCCACACUCCGUCCCUUUGCCUGGGUCUCCUCCCACUCACCGCCAUCAACCACUGACCAGUACCAGCUGAGGGCAGCUGACACCCUUUACUCGCGCAGGAUUCCUGGCCUGCGCUCAGAUCUGCUGGCCCCGGAAAUCGUCCAUGAGCAGCGGCAGCAGUGCUCUCACCAGCAGCGGCCGUUCAGCGGAGGCGUGGUGCUGUGCCCUCCCUCACACUCCCAGCCACCGCAGUAUUCGCAGCUGCCCACCAAUCCUCAAGGCCCACCUCCAUCGUACCACCAGGUCGUUGGGGCACCGCCGCCUCCGUACUGCUCCCGGGAUGACCUCACCUCAGGGGGACUGGCCGACAACUCUCCGCUGGCCAUCCUGACUCCCCUCCUCCCCUCAAACUUCCAAAAUAACAACAAUGGCGACAUCAAUGGCAACAACACCCCUCAGCUCUCUGUGGUGCACAACCACAACGCACACACUGCUGCCGCCGCCUCCACCUCCCACCACACCCCCACACAGCCACGGAACAAGUAAGGGCAUGUCCCUCCUCCAUCCACGGUGAUUCUUACUUCUCUGUGAUUGUGGAGUAAUUUUGUUGUUAAUGUUAGUCAGACAUAUGUUGUGACUCGGUGGAACCUGUACGUACAAGUACUAUGCAGCUAACAAACUUACAUGUAGGUGUUUGAUGUGGUUCAUGGAUCGCUUCUUGGUCACGUAUUUUAUUGCGUUAAUCUAUUCCAACCUAAUUUCCUGAGUCGUGAGAAAAUGAAAGGAAAUCAUAUCUUUUGAUUUUAACUACAUACAGACUUAUCUUGAACCAUUGUUGAAUAUAUUGGCUUCCAGUGAGUUGCCCUGAUAAAGUGAGUCUGCCAGGAGUCUUUGAACUUUGGAACACUGAGUAAUCUCAUGAUGAACGCAUCGUUACAGAGGAGCACAGUCUCAUACAUGGUAUUGUUUGUUGGUUAAGUUGGCACUGAGCACAUCAUAUGGAGACAAAGAACAGUGCAAUGUAAUGUAGGCAAGUAGAAGUCACUGAACUGAUCUGAACAGCAUAUUCUUUUAUAAAGCAGUGGUUUUACUCUGAAAAAUUGGGAAAACUUACAUUACAACCAAAACAUAGAAAGUUUUAUUAAAUUGAUGGUAACAAGCAAGUUGUCACAUUGGACCCUGUGUGCUUACACAAAGUGCCAAAGUUAAAACUAUUAUGACUGUGAGGUCUUCCCUCACAUUAGAUUCAUUCUUGUAAACAAUGACAAUACAGGUCCACCUAAUUUACCGGGUCCCAGGGCUCUAAAGCAUUGCCUGAGUAACCGUUUUGCUGGACUGGUCUGGGCCAUAUAAUGAUUCAUCAACAAACAUUGGGCCCACUAAUUAAAUACCUGCUUUCUUUGAACCCCUAUGGACUUCUAGAAACUUAAAACCAGAACCAUGCCUGUCACACAUCACCUGCACUGCAGCACCAUUGAUCAGUUUUUUAAAGUUAAAUAUUUCUUGGACCAGCAUGGACUGGUGUUUACAUUUGACACCACUACUGACGCCUGCAUCUCGUAGCAGCAAGGGGUUAAAUGUAAGAAAUAAGUAAAGAAUCUCAUAAAACCGAGGGAUCACCUCCAAGUUAUGUGCAAACAGCCUGUCAGCGUUGCCGGUAAAUUGAUGGUGUGCCUGUACCUAUACUAUUUUGAUAUUCUCAUCUUGGGGAGGUUAUAAUUCUGACUAAAAUUGUUUGUUUGUAUUGUAUUUCAUGACUAGUUUUAAGCAGUUUGAAUUAACAUAUGAAACACAUAUGUGCACAUAAAUAUACAGAUUGCCUCAACAAAUUCUCCUGAUGCAGCUUGUUUGAAGCAGCUUUGAUAUAUUUCCACUGAUAUUGGAUAUGUUAUAUGUUCUCAUUUACACAUUUGCUUAGUAAUAUCAUCAGUAUUAUUAAUAAGUAACAAGAGGAAAGCUUAUUUGGGGAAGGAAGGAAGCAGUUAGUAGAAUAAGGUAUUAGAAUUGUAUUUUUAUGAGUCAUAUUGGCAGCUUGAGGAAUCAAUUCCAGGAGCUGGUUGUGCCAAACCACUAUAGGGCUGCUGUUGAUUUUAUAUAUAAUUACAUCUUUUAUAAUUAUAUAUUACAUAGUACUAUAUUUAUGUAUACAUUUACCUCUUCUACUGUAUUUUAACCUCAUAAUCUACAUUCUGGGGUAAUGACUUAGUGUAAUGCUGUGUAGCCAGUGUAAACCCUGGGUGGGUGAUCUUAUAGAGUGAGUCCAGAUGUCAAGCUCUCAGCUCAGGGUGCUCAGUGAGCUGCAGGGAGAGCUGGACUAGGUGGCAAUGGAGGCAUCAGACACACCCUGAAAACAAGGGUUCACAUGGUCCAUUAGUCAUGCUCAGCACUUGAAGAUUGUUUUACAUUUCUACCAAGGAAAUAUGAAGACAUGGUGCACUCUGAAGCCUAUGAUGCAUCAGCACUAGUAAAGUCAAGGCAGCCAAGCUCUGUUGUAUCCCUGGUUGUAGUGAGCUGCUUGUAUAGUCCUCUCACUGCAAGUUCAGCUCUCGCUGGUUUACUGAGCAUCUUUCUUUCUAAAUGCAGCUUGUUUAUUAUUAAUAUAAUUUAGCCAUUUACUCAUGAUUGUUGAGUUUAAUUACAUGAAAGGGACACUAGCUGGAUGGACAACAAGAAUGUUAUAUUUGUUCAGAACUGCAAUAACAAUCAACUGUAGCAUAGGAGGCCAUAUUGCACAGUACAUGUAGAAGUAAUGUCUCGUUGAUAUUGUUGGUGAAGCAACAGUGGAGUAUCUUGGGGUAUGGUGUGUACACAGUUGUAAACAGCAGUGGUGUUUGAUCAGCAGGUGCUGUUUAACUGAACUGAGAACAAUGUAACACCAAAGUGUAGCUUUGUGCAGCCAAGAAAAAAGGUACAUUCCCACAACUCAUGAGAAGUGUGAAGUUACCAAACUGUGAUAAGGAUCCAGCUUCACUGUAGUUGUGAAAGAGGUGUAUUAAGGAGGUAAGAGGUAGUAGACGUUCUGUGAAUGGAUAGUGGUUUGGAGCCAGAUAAGAUAGCUGUAGUUGGGAUGAAAGAGAAAGGAUGAGGGGAAGAUUGCUUAUCAAGUGGGAGGAUAGUGUGGCUGUGUUUGAAGACCGAUGCUGUGGUAGAGAACAACCACACCUAGAGAACUGAGAAACCCAGAUAAUAUAAUGACACAUAAGAAACCCUUAUAUAGAUGCAUUUGAGAUGAAGAGUAAGUGAAUUAUAAAUUUGAGGACUUCAAAGAAUGUCAUGUGUGAAGGGAGGGGCACACUGGUGCUCUCUCAUCAAUGUUAAUUUUUUUCAAGUGUCAGUGGGCCGGAUGGCUCUGUGGCACGCUGCUCAUGUAUCCAGCAUGUCAGGAAAGGUCAUAGAGGAGCCUUAGGAUUUUGAGAGGUGGAGGGUGAGUUGUUAUAGGGAAUAAAAAUAAAGUUUAAGAACCAUUUGUAGGUCGACAGAUAAGAAACUGUCUUGUAAUUAGAGAGUAGAAGGAAGACUCCAGAUACUUAUUUUGAGCAGGUUAGAAACUUUAGCAGUGCUACAGUAGUUUAGUUCAUGGGUGUCUUUGAGUAUGACAGUGUGCAGUGUUGACUCGUAUGUUCUGCAUCACAUUCCCCAGCCAGCCCUUACUCACACAAAGCUCAAAUACAAUAACUGUUGACCUGCUUCAUUGUUCAUUGGUGUGUUUAACUGUUGAAUCUGUAUCUUGUUUGCUACGUGCCCCUCCAGACAAGCAUAAUCCACCCCGUGUGGUGCCAUGAUGAGUGGGUUCUUAGGUAUUAAGUGUUGUCUUAGCGAGCUGCUUAGGAUGGCUGAAAGGAAAAAUGUAUUGCAUGUUUGUUCUUGUUUUAUACCUUCACUAAAACAAAAAGGUCUUCACAAAUGAACCCGGGCUCUCUCGUGUAUGUUGUGGUAACGGCUGGUCCAUUGUCUCUAUUGUUAGUCGUUGUCUAAUCUGUGCAAUUCUGUGCCAAACACACAAUAAUUUUCAUGUUUUUUUUUGUAAUGUUGCAUGAGUCAUAGUGCCAAUUGUGAGGCAUUUUGUUGUCAAAUAUUUUUUGUUUUUAUAUUGUUAAAUAUAUAAAAGUGACAAAG